AUGUCCCCACAAAGGACCGUUUUUAUCACUGGAUGUAGCCAUGGCGGUAUUGGCCACGCCUUAGCGCUUGAGUAUCAUGCACAAGGUCUCCGUGUCGUGGCCACAGCUCGGUCUCUUGAUGCCAUGCAAGAUCUUACCGAGCUUGGUCUAAUCACUAUGGCCCUCGAUGUAACAAAGAUCGACGCUGUUCGCAAGGUGCGGGACGAUGUAGCAUCCCUGACCGGAGGCAAGUUGGACAUUCUGGUGAAUAAUGCGUGCGUUCUAAGGUAUACUUUCGCCGUCACCGAUAUGGACAUGCAGCGCGUCCGCGAUCUCUUCGAAGUCAAUCUGUUUGCUCCUAUCUGUAUGGUACAGGAAUUUAUACGUCUUCUCAUUGCCUCGGGAGACGGUCGCAUUGUCCAGAUUGGCAGUGUCUCUGGAAUCAUGCCCACCCCAUUCGGUGCUUCGUACAACGCGAGCAAGGCUGGUUUACACGCCUUCAGCAACACUCUACGCGUCGAGCUUGCACCCUUCAGAGUCAAAGUUCUCAGUGUCAUCACUGGUAGCGUUCAAAGCAAUAUAGUUAAACCGGUGAAGAUGCCAGAAACAUCCAUGUACCUUCCUAUGGAGGACCUUUUCCACUCCAAGCGUGUCAAUACAUCGCAAGAGAAUGCAAUGUCUGCUGAUAAGUACGCGAAGCAAGUUGUGGCGGAAAGUUUGAAAGUGUCUCCACGUGCAUGCUUGUGGGCUGGUAACAAAAUAUGGCCAUGCUGGAUUAUUGAUACAUUCUUGGGUCUAUCCGUCUUUGACUGGCUCUUCGGUAGAAUGUUCGGACUCACUGAAUUUUCCGCCAGGCUAGAGAAAGACAAGGACAAACGCCUCUGA